GUUGUCCGUUGCGGUUCGCGAUGUCCAAACGCGAAAGUAAAAGUCUUUCCAGCCCCUGGCUGUUGGUGAUACUGAUUGGGCUUAGCCUUGUCCAGCUUCAGGCAGAGUCCUUAAAUGAGGUUUCCCCUGAGGUUAAAUUCGAGUGGCCUUCGUUCCCCUGGUCGCGGAAUAAGACCACUAAGGGAAAACCCUCCUCCUCCUUGGAUUUGGAUCUAAAGAACGACUACAGCCAAAUGGAGUUGGCCAAUUUCGGGGACUUUGAUCGCCAUCCCUGCCGGAGAGUCUGCCAGCAGGGUCAGUCCCAGAACUGCUACUACCAACUGGUGGUUCACAAUUACCAGAGACUUGGACCAGAGUGCCAGAGGUGUCAGUACGACGACAGGGCUUGUGCCGCGGAGCAUUGCAUCUUCGGGGACGGUGUGCCCAAUCCAGUGAUGGCCGUGAAUCGCAUGGUGCCAGGACCUCCCAUAGAGCUCUGUGAAAACGAUACAGUGGUGGUGGAUGUCCUGAAUUAUCUGGGUGAACCCACUGCGAUGCAUUGGCACGGUGUCCACAUGAAGCGUUCGCCUGAAAUGGACGGAGCUCCGUUUAUCACCCAAUAUCCCCUACAACCGGGCGAGGUGCAGCGCUACGAGUUCCAGGUGGAUCGCAGUGGUUCGUUGUGGUACCACAGUCAUGUGGGUUGGCAGCGGGGCUUUGGAGUGGCAGGAGCUCUAAUUGUCCGACAGACACGGCAGGAGAAUCAGCAUGCCCAGCUCUAUGAUUAUGAUCUGGUGGAGCACACCCUAAUGGUGCAGGAUAUAUUUUAUGACACCAACCUGCAGGACGUGCGGAACAUCCUGGUUAACGGCAAGGGACGCAAUCAUCUCAACCAGUUACCGGAUAACGACAAUCGUCAUCGCUACGAGAGGCUACGGGUUACUCCUGGCUACCGCUACAGGAUGAGGGUAAUACUCAAUGGCAUCGCCAAUUGUCCCGUGGAAUUCUCCAUCGAACAGCACAAGCUCCUGAUCCUCAGCACCGAUGGCAAUGAUAUAGAGCCAGUGCUGGCCGAUGGUUUCUUCCUUACAUCCGCCGAGCGAUUUGAUUUUGUACUGGAGGCCAAUCAGUAUGCCAAGAACUAUUGGAUACGUAUCCGGGGCUAUGAGCAGUGCGAGGGUCGCAAUCUCUAUCAGGGAGCAGUACUCAGCUACCGGGGAUCGGCUCGCACUGAGCUGCCGCAGGGCAGCAUACUGGAUAACCCGAAGGGCAGGACUUCGAAUGAAGAUCUCAUUUUGGUCAACGACUAUCGCUUUAGUUCUUUCAAUUCCUCGGGCUCCUCAUCCCUACGUCAAUCGCUGGACAAGGACAACAACGUGGGAACGGUGGCCUUGAGAUCCCUGGACCUUGCUCCCUGGUCUCGUUAUACCAAGUUCGUCACCUAUUACUCCAGCUUCGGCUCUCAAAUGGCACCAAAUGGAGAGAUGCUCUUCCAGAUCGACGAUAUAUCGUACAACUCGCCGAGUAUAUCCUUGCUGCAGGGCAGGCAUCUCUACCAGGACGAUGGUUAUUUCUGCAACAAGAGCUCCCUGGCUGCCGAGGGGCGGAGAUGUGAGAGGGAACUCUGUGAGUGUGUCAAUGUGAUCCGAAUGCCAGCCUAUCGUCCUUUGGAAAUGGUAGUGGCCAACUAUAUGGACAACACGCAUCCGUUCCACAUCCAUGGCCAUACCUUCCGGCUGGUGGGACAAGCGGUUCUGGGAAAUCUCAACGAUCUGCGAAAUAUACGAGAACUUGAUCGUAGGGGCCGCCUGGCUCGCUUAUCGGAUGACAGCGCUGCCGUGGCCAAGGACACGGUUCAGAUUCCUGGUCUGGGCUACAUCAUCGUUCGCUUCCUUUCAAACAAUCCUGGCUUUUGGCUAUAUCACUGUCAUAUCGAGGCUCAUGCUGUCCAGGGAAUGGUGGCGGUUCUAAAAAUAGGCGAAGAUCAUCAGAUGAAAACCAUUCCAGCCCGAGUGCGUUGUUAA